GGCGUCGAGCCUGUUCCACCAGCUCCGGAAAAUGCGCUGUCAUGCCAAAAAAAUCCCUAACACCCCAGUUUUCCCCUCCCGUGAUCCAGAAUUCCCCCAUUCCCGCACGAAGCCCCAUUCCCCAUCUCCGGGAUGAUGGGUUUGGCCCGCAGCCAGCGAGGGGUUAACGGGGGAGGGAUCCGGGGGGGUUGAUCCUCAUUCCGGCCGAACUGGAAAGGUGAGGUAGGAAAAGGGCAACGCCUUCACCUGGGCAACGCCUUCACCUGGAGCCGCACAUGGUGCCGGCAGCUCUGAAGGACCCCAAACCUUCCCCCGGCAGGAGCCGACGCGAUGGAGAGAGAUCAGCCCCACCUGAGCUCAGACCUGACCACCCCGUACCUGAGGAAGGCUCCCACGCCCCCCGGCCAUGAGGACGCCGACACGGCCGUGAUCGCAGUGGUGAUCACCCUGGUGUUCCUGACGCUGCUGACCGUGCUGGCGGUGAUCGGGAUUUACCUGUACCGCAACCAGGGCUCCUACCGCACCUACGAGCAGCCCGAGGCGGACGCGGCCCCGCGGGAGGAGCCUCCGGCCAAGGAGAAGGAGGAAUAUUUUAUCUAA